AUGAUAAUUAUGGUGAAUGAGGACGAGAUAACAUCACUGCCGGGUCUCUCAGACCCCAUAAAAUUUAAACAAUAUUCCGGUUAUUUGAAUGCAUCGAAAGGCAGACAUCAUUUCUAUUGGUUCACUGAGAGCGAGUCCGACCGCCAGAACGCACCGGUAGUGCUGUGGCUGUCGGGUGGGCCCGGCUGUAGCUCUAUAUGCGGUAUGUUUAUGGAAAACGGACCCUUUCGGGCCAACGAAGAUGGUAAGACACUAUUGCUGCACGACUUUGCGUUCAACAAAGUGGCAAACAUGGUAUGGAUGGAGUCACCCGUCUCUACCGGUUUCAGUUACGACGAGAAUACCCUAAAGCCCCACAAUAACGACACGACCACCGCUAACGACAACUACUUAGCUGUUGAGAGUUUCUUUGCAAAGUUCCCGCAUUUAAGGAAAAAUCCGUUUUAUUUAACCGGCGAGAGUUAUGGCGGUGUUUAUGUGCCAAUGUUAGCGCGCGAGAUAUUGCAACGAAAGUCCAACAUCAAUUUGAAAGGAUUAGCUAUUGGCAACGGACUGGUCGACGGCCAACCAAUGGCGACCCAGGCGUUCGUAGAUUACGCUUUAGGACACGGAUUAGUGACCACCGAUUGGUACGAUAGGAAAUGGGAGGCUUGCUGUGAAAGUAGGCCUGGUGUUCAAAGCGAGUGUAACUUUUAUAAACCGGCCAAUAAAACCAAAUGUGACUCGGUUCCUGACGCUAAAUGGAUCAUGCUCAACAAUUCUAAUCCAUACAACCUAUACGAUGAGUGUGCGCCUGAUGUAACAUUACAAUCGUGGACUGAAGACGGGAGAGUAGACGGACGGGUCGGCGGUUUUGCUCAGCACUACGAAAAUGGCCUAAGCUUUGUGUUAGUCCGCGGGGCCGGACAUCUGGCGCCGGCAGAUCAGCCCGAGGCGGCACUUCAGGUGCUCAAGGAGUUGACCGGCAUUUCUAAAAUAUAA